AUGGGCUUGGACCGGGCCGGGCCGGUCUGGGGUUACAUGGGCCGAUUCGACGACUAUGGUAUUAUACGCAGUGGAGGAAGAGGCGAGGAAAGCGAUAUCUCCACGGGGAGACGGAACUCCGAAUCGACGAUGAGCGGCGGGCGGAAGCCGGCGGGGGAGGAGGCGGAGGUGGAGGCGCUGCUGCGGGCGGCGCAGGACGCCGUGCUGCUCAAGCUCCAGGCCAAUUCCCAUCUCGUCUCCUCCUCCACCGCCUCGAACCUUCCCCCUCCUCUCGACUCCGCGCCCGGUGCCCUCGACGACGACCUCGCCCGCCGCUUCGAAGCGCUCAAGACCCGCCCGCCCGUGCCGGCGAAGCAGCCCGCCGCCGGCAUGGACGAGGCAGAGGCGCGGUUCGCGGCGCUGAAGGGCGCGCCGGCGGCGGUUGGCCCGGAGAGGGUUUGGCUGGAGGAUCUGGGAGAUGGGGAAUCGGAAGACGAGGUGGAGAAGGUGAUGCGGUGGGCCAUGGAUGCCGCGCGGCUCGACGUCGCCACUGCCGGCACCGGCGGCGCCACCACUGGCGACGGCCGCACCGAGGGGAAGGAGGAGGAGCAAGAGGACGACAAAAGCAGCGUCAGUAGUAGUGAGGAAGAGGAGGAAGAGGAGAGGCUGGAACUGGAGAUGGAGAAGAAGAGGAAGGAGAUGAUGAGCAAGAACAAGUCCAAGAACAGGUGGUUCUUCUUUUGAUUCAUCAACGAUCUUCACAGGCAAACACUCCCACCCAGCCAGCCAAGUUUAUAAACUAGCAUUUGCAAUUGAUGUUUCCGUUCUUAUGUGACUGUCUAAUGAUGAACAUGGGACUUGCAAGUGUUUAGGAGUACAGUUUGGUAAACUUGUGCAGUUGCAACUGAUACAUAUAUCUCCAAAUUUGAGAUCAAUCGUAGCACUUUGCAAUACAACAUGUCAAGAAUGAUAAACUUGUUGAUUCAGGAGUAA